GCCAGAUGAAGAGCAUCAUUAGCAGGCUAAUGGCUGUGGAGGAGGAACUGAAGAAGGAUCAUGCUGAGAUGCAAGCAGUUAUUGAUGCAAAGCAGAAAAUAAUCGAUGCACAGUUUGAAGGCAAGACCCUCCCUGAGCAAAAGGAUUACAGCUUCCUUUAGUGCCGUGUUCUGGAAGCUGAGGGACGACAUGAUGGGUGAUGAUGGAUUGAGGAGGAGGAAGAGACAGACAUAUGAAUACAAAAGAAUUAAACCAGAAGGGCCAUUUACCAAAACGGGAGGGACGAGGGAGCUAAAGAAUGAUCUCAGGGAGGUGAGGGAAGAGCUCAAGGAAAAGAUGGAGGAGAUAAAACAGAUAAAAUGUGUAAUGGACAAGGAUUUUGAUAAACUCCAAGAAUUUGUGGAGAUUAUGAAGGAAAUGCAGAAGGAUAUGGAUGAGAAGAUGGAUGUUUUAAUAAAUAUACAGAAAAACAGCAAGCUUCCCCUUAGAAGAGGACCAAAGGAGCAUCAGGAACUCAGGCAGAUAGGAAAGCCUGACACAGACUCACAGCACCGGCUCAAGAAACUGGAGGGAGUUGAAGGAGCAUCGCUUUCUAUUCACAAGAAGAAUAUGGCACUACAGAAACUCAAAAAGGACCCACUGGACUCCCUUCAUCAACGUGGGACCUGCUAUGAGAAAUGUAUGUUGUGUGCCCUAAAGAACAACCACAAUCAGGGGAGACUUCCACACCAGGGCUGGGCACCCUCCUCAUCCUUGGCAUCUGGAGCUGCAUUCUGAUGUACCUGUGCUUCAACCUCUACAUGACCGAGGACAUGCUUCCAACUUAGUGCUGCCAUGGAACCCACCAGAGCUCCAGUUCCUCCUCCCCCAACUCCUUGAGCUGCACAGUAGAGGCUUGUUGCCCCUUCCAUACCACCCCGCCCCAGGCCUCCCGCCACCUGGAUUAAAAUCUUCAUUGAAAGCCAAAGGGGGUGUCACCAAACUCGAGUAUGCAGACUGUCACUUCUUUUGUUCUCCAGUCCCUCUUCCUGCUUCCUGGUGGAUUAGUGGGAAGUUCUGUUUUGGUCAUCCUUGGGGUCAUCCUACCUCCCUACUGUCUCCCUCUGCUCCACCUUAUUCUGCAAAGGCCCCAGGUCAGAAGAGAGGAGAGGCCCUAGAGAUAUCAGACACCUUCCUGUGUAGUCACAGGAGACACCCCUACCAUCCCGUCCAAUCACUCCCUCCAUCUUCGUGGCUCUAGCAUUGUAUGUGUGUGUUGAGGGCAACCUGAGAGGUGAGGUACCGUGGGGAACCCCCAGGCCCAGAGUCUAGUGUGCAGGAGGACUCAGGACCUGGUGCACAGUGGUCGCCUUGGGCGCUGAGGAUCCACCCUCCUUGUCCUCUAGCAGAUUUCCUCCCACCUCCACAGAAAGGACACACAUCCACCCCUUCAGAGGCCUUAGGUCAUUGCAAAGGUGGGGAUGAGCCAGUGACCUCCCCAGCUACACUCUGUCCUGCUCCAAAUCCUCCUCCUCGGGGAAGAUGAGGCUUGGCUGCUAGCUGACAGUGAGAACAAAGAAAGACACAGAGAAAACAGGAUUUCAAUGAACUCUUCUGUCAUGGGUGUGCUUCUUGGCACCAGUUUGAUGGAGAAACUCAUGGGAGUUCAUAUUUUAUUUAACACCAGCUCUUGCCUGUUUCAUCUCCUUUCCAAGUUGGCUGCUUCGACUUUUAGACAGUCUAGUAAAUAACUGGUUGUUGCUGUGUAGUAAUGAGCAGUGUAUUGGGUGCUUUAAAUCAGCGGUCGCCAACCUUUUGGACCUCAUGGGCCACCAGUGGUCUGUGGACCACCAGUUGGCGACCUCUGCUUUAGAUACAUUAUUUUAUUUAUUUUUUAAGAUAUAUAUUUUGAAAACAAAAAAACAAAAGAAAACAUAAGCCAUGCCUUUAUAGUUUUAAAGGAAAUGGUAAACAUGUAUAAUAAAAAUCUGGACCCUAAGUAAAUCAGUCCAGUGGUCUUACGCAUGUGAUGAAAGCAGAAAUGGGGCAGGAAUGGGAAAGGAGAAGGCCGGGUAUAGCCCUGUGUCGUUUCCCUGCCGUGGUAGCAGAUUACCACACAGUCAGUGCCUGGAGUCAACACAAAGUGGGUCUCUGGGCAGAAACCCAGGCAGUGGCCACGCCUGUUCCUUCGGAAGGCUCUCGGGGAGAAUGUUUCUUGCCGUUUCAGCUUCCAGAGGCUGCCUGCGUCCCCUCUCACAGCCUCUUCCAUCUUCAGAACCAGCAUUGGCCAGUCCAGUCUCUCUCAUUCUGCAGCACUCUGAUCCUGGUUCUUUCUCUGCCUCUUGUGCCCACUUUUAAGGACCCUUGUGACCACGUUGGGCCCACCUGGAAAUGCCAGAUAGUCUCCUUAUGUUAAGAUGGAGAAAGUGAGGAGGAAGGAGAUCAACAGACCGGCCCCCUCCCUGAAUGUUUGCCACUCACCUGGGCAUCCUGGGGACCUAGAACAUCAAAACCCUCAGCAUCAGUCCAUGGGGCAGGGCCAGGCAUCAAUUUGAGGUCAAACACCAACUUUCCUCAACCUGUAUGAGGUUUAUGCUCCUUGCCGUGUCUUCUCUGCAGUCGCUCAGAUUUGUCCUUUUGUAUAAAGGAAGUCCACAUACCUGUGGUGGGGCAUGGAGAAGUUGUGGGCCUUAGCACCCUUGUACCCAGAGAACCUCACCUGAGAGGUUCACCUUCUGCUGGCUUUCAGCUCAUGCAAUGCACCUGGCUGAGGGCUCAGCCCAGAAGGAAGGGCAGGCCCGAAAAUCAUGCUAAUCCUCACCACGGAUCUGGGUGUCACCAGGGGAAGGGUCCUACGCCUCUGGGAAAGAGCCUGCACAGAGAUUACCGCUUCCUUCUACAGAUGAGUUAGGCUCCAGUUGAAUCCUUGCCAGAGUCCCAAACUUUGACUCACAAAAUCCAGAAUUGUAGAAAAAGGCGUGCUGGGGAAGGAAGAAUAUGUGGCCAGAGUCAAUGGAAAUUGUGGACCCAGCAGUUUUGGAAAAUGAAUUAUACAGUUACAGAGGCUGGGAUUGCAGCCAUCGGAAGGAGCCAUUCCUGUUCUGCAGAAAAGAUAGUGAAUUCCCACUGGGUGAAAUAAAUUAUAGGGAAAGUCAGAAAUAUCUGGUUCUUCCAGUGGUUUAAAUUCUCCUGUUGAUUGACGCCCAUCAGAAGCAGCCACCAACGUUGACCACAAAAUGGAAUAAUGGUGCUCAUCGUUAGUUCAAAUGUAUCCAAACUUGGUCAAGCACAAUUCCAUCUCCUCAGCCCUCUCUUAUCUCACCUGUAAAUCCAUCUUCUGUCUCUGGGUGAUGCCAGACCUACGCCUGCUUUGUGGGCAAUGAAAAUCUCCCUUGUUUGUUAACACAGCCCCACCUUGUUAAGCUCAGGGUAUUUUGUGCAGAAACAUAGUCUAUAUAGCUAUUAUAACAAAACUAGAGGCCCAGUGCACAGAUUCGUGCACCAGUGGGGUCCCUCAGCCUGGCCUGCCGGGAUAGGGCCCAAACCGGACAUCUCUGACAUCUCCCGAGGGGUCCCGGAUUGCAAGAGGGUGGUUCUCGGGUGACACACCCCAGAAUCAGGCUCCCUCCUCUCUGGGUCUAGGGUGUGGAUGAAGCAGAUUUGGGGCUGACAGGGCCUCAGCAGCAACCUAACCCACUCUCAUUCUGCCAGGAAUCGGGCUCCCUCCUCUACUGGUCAGAGUGUCUUCCCCCUGGUGGUCAUUGUGCGUUAUAGCUACCAAGCGAACGGUCUAACAGUCAUUGGGUCAUUUAGGCUUUUAUAUAUGCACUGGGUGUGUGUGUGGGGGGAGUGUCCCUCAGCCCGGCCUGCCCCCUCUCACAUA